ACGGCCAUUGUUGAUGAAAUUUACUACGACCGGAAGAGUUGUAAAUUUUUUUGCCCAAAAAUGGGUCUUUCAGAGGACGGCGAUGAUGCCGUAGAGAGCCAGUUUGAAGAACUAUGCCUCGAUCUUAACAUGGACAAGAAAGCAAGGGACGAAGCAUUAGAAAACUACCAAAAAAUAUUAGAAAAUUAUUCCUUAGAGGGAAAUCAAUUACAUUGGUUGGUUUGUGCACUAUAUGAGGCAUGUAGGAGGAGUGUGAUUCCCACAGUGGGAAGAGGAACCGUGGAAGGAAAUUGUGUGUCUCUUACAAGGCUAUUACGUUCCUCAAAAUUCAGUCUGAUACAGUUUUUUAAUAAAAUGAAAAAAUGGUCGGAUAUGGCAAAUUUAAGGAAAGAGUUCAGAGAUAAGAUAGACAGAUUGGAGAGAAAUUUUGCAGUUUCAACUGUCAUUUUUAAGAAAUUUGAACCUAUAUUUUUGGACAUCUUUAGAAAUCCAAUGGAUGAACCUGCAAAGCAGAAUAGAAGUCGAAAACAGAGGAGGUUACCAUGUUCCUCAUCAGAAGUUUUCAACUUUUGUUGGACUAUGUUUGUUCAUGUUAAAGGUCACUUCCCAGCCAUUAGUGAUGAUCUGGUGAAUUCUUACCAUUUGUUGCUGUGUUGUAUAGACUGGGUGUAUGCCAACAGUAUACUUGGUGGAAGGAAAGAUCUUUUAAACUCAGAUUUUCAAGCAUUGCCAGAAGAUUAUGAAUCCAAAGACUGGAAACCUCCUGUAGACCCCCCUUGUAUUAUAAAACUUCUUUGUGAAAAACAUGAAGGUUUGGAAAUAGAAGCAAAAGUUAUAAAAGAGCAUUGGUGGAAACCACACAUAAGAAAACUUUUUGAGAAGAAGGUUUUGAAAGGAAAAACAGACACCUUGUCUGCAGUAUUAGAAAUUGGUAAUUUCGAAUUUAAUAGUCUGGCCAUCAACAAAGAACAUCAAAAGCUAGCCAAGAGAUUAGUCAGUAAAGCUGUGAAUAGUGAGUAUGAAGAGUUUGUACUUAGUGUUGGAGAUUUCGAUGAAAGGAUUUUCCUAGGAGAUGAUGCUGAAGAAGAGAUAGGAACCCCAGCUAAAACAAAAACUGUUUCAGAAGAACUAGAUGAACGUAUAAAGCUUAAGCAGAAUUUAGAACAACAUUUUGAAGAGACUAAAUCAUUGGCACCACUAACUCCGCUGACGGGGAGAAGAUAUUUGAAAGACAAAGACCCAUCCAUAACACCAGUGUCAACAGCCACUCAAAGCGUGGGGAAAUUACAGUUGUUAUUGUCUGGCAGAAAGACUAGUCCUUCGGAUGCACUUAUAGAAAUGUUCAGUGAAUGUCCCAAAGAUCCUAUAGAUGGCAUUUUGUCACGUGUGAGAGAAAUGGGAGAAGUCUUUUGUAACCAAUAUGUUCAGCCAACAGAUGAAAAUCCAGGUGCCCACAUAGACUUUGCUAAGAGACGGUUACAGCUUGGAGAGAGUCUUUAUUAUAAAAUAUUAGAAAGUAUUGUAGCUCAAGAGAAGAACAGAUUAAGUAGUAAAGAGGCUAUAUUUAAUUUAUUGGAACAUGACGCCUUUCACAGAUGUUUAUUUGCUUGUUGUUUGGAAAUUGUUAUAUUUUCCUACAAUUCACAAAGGAAAUUUCCAUGGAUUGUAGAAAUCUUUGAUAUUUGUCCUUAUUAUUUUUACCGAGUUGUGGAGAUUAUUAUACGUGCUGAAGAUGGUCUUUCAAGAGAUGUAGUCAAACAUCUUAAUCAUGUAGAAGAAUGUAUUCUGGAAAGUCAUGCCUGGAAACGGGAGUCACCACUGUGGACAGCUAUCCAAGAUAACAAUGGGGUACCAGUUUGUGAAGAGGUUAUCUUGCCAAGUUUGAUAGACAGCAAUUUAAGUUCAGGAAGUAAAGUGAUGCAACAUCCUGCAGUUAAACGAUUGGUCGAUGAAGGUCAUGGGGGCAGAAAAGAAAUCCCUCAGUCACCACCAGGACCAUCAGCUGCUGACAGGUUUAGUUCCCCAUCACCAGGGAGUGCCAAAAGGAGGCUGUUUGGAGCAGGUGGUGGGACAAGUUCUGCAACAACACAGACUGGAAACCAAGACAAUCAAACAGUAAUAGCAUUCCAACAGGCACAGACCGAAGAUGGGAGACAGAUACUGAUACCUUUACAUACUACCGUUGUAAGGACCUCAAAUGUUGCAAAUAAACAGGACCAGAACGCAGCACCUACAAAUCAGACAGGGAACCAGUCUCAGAAACCCAAGAAAACUGGUUCUUUGGCACUUUUCUUUAGAAAGUUGUAUCAUAUGUCAUCUGUGAGAUUACGUGACUUAUGUGAGAGGCUACACAUUGAAGAAGAGGAUGACCUUAGGAGAAAGAUAUGGACUUGUUUUGAACAUACACUUGUGAAUCACACUGAUCUCAUUGUUGACCAUCACAUAGACCAAAUUCUUAUGUGUGCAAUAUAUGUGAUGUCAAAGGUUACAGGGAAUUCUCAGUCAUUCCAGAAUAUUAUGAAGUGUUACAGAAUGCAGCCGCAGGCACAAAGUCAUGUUUACAGAAGUGUGUUGUUGACAGGUCGACGUAGACACACAUCAGGUGGAAGUGAUGGUAGUAAAAAUGGUGCCAGUCGCUCGUCAUCGCCCACAAAUAAUACAGGUACUACAGAAAAAUCAGAAAACCGAGAUUUAAUGAGGUCCACGAGCACAUUACCUGUUCCUCACCCUGGAAGUCAUCCUCCUACGCCAACCCACCUGACUUUGGGAGGGUCAGGCUCUGAGGCUGAGGAAGAAAGAGGGGAUCUCAUUAUGUUUUACAAUCAGAUUUAUGUAUCAAGAUUGAAUAGUUUUGCAAAGAGAUUUUCAGCUACAGUUCCUUCAAGGGAUUGUCCAGCUUUGUCUCCUUUACCGAUGAUGAAACCUCAGACAUUGUCACCAAGACGAGUAUCCUCCAAAUAUCCAGUAUACAUAUCUCCACACAAACAGAUCAAUCUGAAAGCAACUCCUGCUACAGGCAGAAUGCACUAUUGUUUUAACAGAAGCCCGGCAAAGGAUCUGCGUGCAAUAAACAACAUGAUAAAGAUGGGUGAUAAGAGACCAUCGUUUCUGGGCAAGAGAAGUUUAGGAACACUUGAUGUAAAUGGUGAUGAGGAAGGCAGUGAAAGUCCAACUAAGCUGAGACGACAAGGUUCCUCGCCAAUGUUCUUGAAGAAACUGCAGUCUCUUGGUGUGGAGAGGCGAGAAGCCAAUGGGAGCAUGUAGCUUCAGUGAAUAAAUAGUUAACAUAAUGAUGGAUAUUUAAAAACAUUGUUGUUGUCUUUCAGAAAAAAAUAUCACUUAAUUAUUUUUAAAAUCUAUUCAUAAAUCAUUGUCUAGUUUACAUUAACUUAAAUUUGCCAUGUUAGAACUAUGAAAUGAAUUCAUUUGAUCUGUUUUAGUGGGGGACUUUUUGUCUAUCUUAUGGAUAGAAUUUCAAUUUUUCUUGGAUCACCUACUAUGAAUUAAAUUAUUAACUGAAAUAGGCACUGAAAAUUUAAUGAGACUAAUAAUCAAUGAAGGUAUUACUUUCAUUAAAUGUCAGAAUUAAUUGUCAGUUUCAAAUGUAUAAAAUCUUGAUAUUGAUAUAGGUCAGAUUUAAAUGAACUUCCUUGUGGCUUUGACCUGUAGUUCUGACUUAAGCUGCUGACGAUAAUGUGAUAUACAGAAGAUAUAGUGCUCAUAUUUAUUGUCUAUAUACUUACAGAUAUUCCAAUUUAUUGAAGUUGUAUAAAUAGUAACCAUAGAAACCAAUGUAGCACUAAUUUAUUUACUCAAGUUCAAGGUUUUUGAGCUGACAGAAAGAAAUUUUCUGGUGCACAAAACUUAAAAAAAACUGUGAUAGAUAUGGCUUCCAUAAAUUUUUGAUAAAGUUAAUGAGUGAUUGUUAGUAAACGAUACAGUAUUAAUUAUAAAUACUGUUGUAAGAGUAGAAGUGAAGCAUUUCUUUCUAAAAUUCUGUUUGACAUCCAAAAUUGCUUUUCUUGUAGUUUCAAUUAUUUUAAUAGAUACAUUGAGAAUAGAAAUGUGAUAGAAUUCCUAAAGUGGUAAAAAGUUUAUAAUUUGGACAACUAUUAACCAUAUAAAAACUAUUGAUUCUGAGUUUGACCUUAAUUGAAUCUAAAUUUUAUUCCCAUUUUCACCUUACAAAGGAACAGAUGUACUGCUAUUGCAAAAGUGUUGGUUGAAUUGAGACGAUAGUAAAAUCAUUUAUUGUAAUUGUUAAUAUCUAUUUAUUAACUGACAGUAGAAGGGUGAAAAUUGCACAAUCAUUAUUUCACCGAGGAAAUAAAAUAUUGUUAUUUUCUAAACAAGAUAUAAAAACCACACUGUAACUUUAUUUUCUAAGAGAAUGUUUUGCAUUAAAUGUUCUUUGAUGUAAUAAUUUCUAUAGGAAGACAAUUUUCUUUUCUAUAUAGAUAUAAAACAUUUCAUAUUUUGUCUUCAAUUUAUCAAGAGUUUCUGAAAAUCCACUGACUUUCUCACAAAAUGGAUACCUUAUCAGGAGAGAGUAGAUUUCUAAUGUGAGUAAUUAUGCUUUUUAGAUUUCAUAUUAUGAUUUGUAAUCUUAAGCAGUGUUUUCUUUUAUAUAAACAUUCUGAAUUUUAAAAAAAGACUUUUAUAUCUGCUUGCUUGUUGAAUGUAAUAUUUUAGUAUUUUAUUUUUUUGAUAGUGCAAUCUUUUUGUAAAUACCAAUCAAUGUGUAAAUAUCUAUUGAUGACAGAUAGUCAUAUUUUUACAGCCUCUUUGUAACCUUACUUUUACUUGAGCUUUUCACCUUUAGAUUUAAUAAUGUUUUACAUCUUUCUAAUAUCUUAUUUUCUUUUUAAGCAGAUGUAUAUUUUAAGACUUUAUAUUGUUGCUACACAAAUAGUGACAUUCAUCUAUUGGUAACACUCAUGAAUUUAGUAAAAUGAUUUUUCUCUGCAUAUUGAAAUUUGUAUAAUGUUUGAAAAAGCAGAUAAGAUUUAUUUUGAGGCAAUAUCAAUCAUGUUAAAAAAACUAACUUUAUCAACAUCAUAUGCAUUUCAUAUAUUGUAAAUUCAGAUAUUAUUGCAUGAAAUUAUUAUUGCUACUGUUGAUAAAUAGGCAAAACAUGGAAGAUUAAUUAAUUUGACCUAAGGAAAUGUAUUAUUCAAACAAUGAAAUAUGAAUCUAAAAUGUAAGUUAUAAUAAAUGCAAUUCCAAUACAAAUGCAUUUUCUACCAUGUUAAAACAUGCAACAGUUUCUGAAUUCACAAUACCUAGAUGUUGUUACUUUAGAACUAGAAAUUUCUUGUUGACAAAAUUGCAUUGCAAUUUAAUAAAUAUGGUCAGCUUGGAGGGAUGUGAAUGAAAGAAAUGUAUGAAAAAUAAGUAUAACCAAAUUAUGUUGCCUCAUUUAGGAAACGUUUCUGGAUUUUUCAUAUGAAAUGUAAGGGAAGAAAUGAAUUUAUUGUACAGCAACAUAAUAUUUCCCACAGAGCGCAACUAAAAGUUAGCAUGCAAUAUUUAUAUGGCACUAGUGCAAAUAUAGCUUCAAAUUGUCAGUGAUAAAAAUAUGCUUUCAACAGUUUUUUAAGCUUUGCUAUACAAUAAAUGGUUUAAUGAAUUGAAUAUAUUUUGAAAGUUCAGAAAAAAGAAAAAAGUAAAAAAAAAAAAUGAAGAAAUAAUGGCAGCUAAAAGGGUUAUUACAGUUGUAUAUGAAAUAUAACCAAAUGAAUGAAUUAAACUCCGUCUGGUUAACCAAUCAAUGUCUGUGUGAAUCCUUUCGGUAGAGUCCAUGAAGUGGAUAACUUGAAUGAAUGAAGGAAGAAACCAUCCAAACUGACCUGAGUCUUAUUUAGGGUACAUUGUUAAAUCUUUGUAACAAUCUAGUCAUAAUUCAUGGUAAACAAUGUUAUUUGUUGUUAGUUUUUGUAGGAUAGAUAAAUCAUAUCAAAACUUAUUGUUAUGUGAAAAAUAUGGCAACUGAAAUAAUGAAAUAAUAAGGUAACACCAUUGUGAAUUUUAUAUAAUUUCUAAUUUUGUAGAUUUUGAAAUUGGUUGAUGAUUUAUUUACCAUUGUGGUUUAAGUUUGGGAGGUUGUCUAUUAAAUUCAUAAACUGUAUACAUGGAAAGUGAAAAUAUGACAUUUUAUAAACAAAAAGCAAAUGCUGGAAAUAUUUUAUAAAUUAAAAGCAAAAGCUGAAAGAGUAUCUAUUUUCAUGUUAAUAUAAUAUAAUGAUUUGUACUCUACUGUUAAUCUGCAGUUUUUGAGUUUUUGAGAGGACUAUUUAUUUUGCUAUCAAUGGUGUGAGAAAAAAACCCACAGAAAAUAAGCACCCUGUGAAAUUAAACAAAAUUUAAUCAGUGAAUAUGGUAUAUAAGUAAGGAACUGUAAUAUACAAUGUUUAUAGUAGACUACAUUAUAAAUGUAGAUUUCAAUAUAUUUUGUGAUGUCUGUGUUGGGGAAUUUUUGUCCCCUGUCUGUUUGUGUCAAAUUUUUAGAUGCCAAAUUUAUUAUUGUACAGUGGUUAUGCAUGCCAGUCAUAUUAUGUACAUUAUUUUAAUUUGUACAGAUAUAAAUGUUGAAAUACAUGUCUACACAUCAAAUCUAAUAAAAAACAUGAAAACUUA